UAAAGUUCAUCACACAAGAACGAGUUCUCAAGUUGACAGAUCCCUGUCCGCUCAUUUUUCUGGAAGCCGGACAGCAGGGAAGACCACAAAGGAAGACAGGAGGAUCCUCCACCGCUAUUUUGGUUCCUUUGCUGAUCCUCGGGAUCUAUUUCUUUGGGUAGGAUAGAGUACAACUAUGGUCGCGUUCACCUCAACCACAACUACUAUCUUGGUUCCUUUGCAGCUGGUCGGGAUCUAUUUGGGCGGUAGAACAGUCAGCAGUGCUGUUGUACAACUAUCAUGUACGAGGACCCAGCACAACUUGAGUAGAGCCAGAACUGCUGGUAGCAGUUCUAUACAAGCACUAGCACUACGACUACAAGCAACAUGCAAUACCCGCAGGAGCACAUGA